AUGCAGCUCCCCACCGUGCAGGGCGCACUCGCCCCUUCGCUCCUCGCCAUCCCCGUGGCCUUUGGCAUCAACGGCGCGACCACCGUGGCAGACAGCCCAGUGGUGCUGAUGCUGACAGGGCUGCUGGUGCUCGCCACCCUCAUCUCCAUCAUCUUCAUCGUAAGUGGAGGGAACCACUUCCAGGACCCCCUUUUCUGCGUGUUCGUGGUGUUCUCCUUCACCUCCGUCGUCGAUUUGAUCAUCUCGUUGGAGGAGGAUGGCUUCAUUUCGGGCUUCGUGGAGGUCUACGUCAGAGAGGGCGAGCCCUACCUGCGCACGGCACACGGUAUCAUGAUCUGUUACUGGGACGGCAUAGUCCACUACGGGCUCUACCUCGCCAUGAUCGCCGCCAUUGGCCAGAGGAAGAGCUACAGGAACCUGGGUCUCUUCUGGCUGGGCUCCCUAAUGAUGAGCAUCAUCGUCUUCCUCCUUGGGAACCUGAUAGGGAAAUUCAGCUCUGACCUCAGCCCUGCCUUCCUCCUCAACCUGCCCUACAUCCUCAUUCCCGUCUGGACCGGCGUCAGGCUCUUCCAGCAGCCCAAGGCACUGCCAUGUCUCAGCCCUGAAAAGGUUAUGGAGGAGCAACGCAAGCACCUGUACCAGCGGCCCCAGGACGCAGCUCUGGUCCUAGUCCUGCUCCUCACCGCUGCCUUCACCUUCUUCAGGGGGAUGGUGGUUUUGGACUGUCCAGCUGAUUCGUGCUUCGAGUACAUCUACCAGCACGAGCCGUACCUGCGCGACCCCGUCGCCUACCCCAAAGUGCAGAUGCUGAUUUACCUGUUCUACGUCCUCCCCUUCUUCUGCCUCUGCAUCUAUGCACUGGUGCUGCCUGGCUGCUCCUGGCUGCCUGACUGGAGCCUCGUGUUUGCUGGUGCCGUGGCACAGGCUCAGUUCUCCCACGUGGGCUCCUCACUGCACACCCGGACCCCCUUCCCCUACCAGACCCCCGAAGACGUCUGGUGGGGCUUCAUCCUCACCAACGUCCUCUACGCGCUGGGCCCCCAGCUCCUGGCCCUGCACUGCCUGCGCUCCCCAGCCUUCUUCCUGCCCACCACUCCCACCCCCCUGCACCGGGGCAAGAAGCACCAGUGA